CAGGGUUCAUCCAACAACCGAUAUAGUAUAGAUUCUAGAGAUAGAUCUAGAUCUAGAUUCUAGAUCUAGUGUUUAGAGUUUAUAUUUUAGAUCUAGUCUACUCUUUUUGUUACUGUAGUGUAUAGCCUGCUAUGGCUGGACGAGGACUGGUAGAGGCAGAAUGUGGAGGACCAAACUCUCUUGUCAGACUGACUUCACAUUUCAUCCAAGAUAGAGGACUAAAACAAGAAGGUUAUGGAACUACAGGAAGAUUACCACCACCAAAGCCGUAUGAAAUUCACAGGCCCUUUCCUCAGUCCAGUGCAGAUGAGCUUGCUACAGAAUUUCUCUCCAGUCACCAAACAGCAAUGGCACCCCAAACAUUUCACAUGGGAAGUCUUUUACAAGAAAUGAGAGAAAUUGAAGGUGCAGAAAUGAUACAUGCACCACAAAGAGCACCUGGAAUAGCAGAACUGGCAUCAGCAGGGAACUGGGCAGAAGAAUUUCUCCACACAACAGGCGUAAAUGAUAAGCUUAUGGCAGGCAGCGGUGACCAGUGGGCAGCUGAAUAUGGUCGGCUUCGUGGUGGGGAAGAGGUCAAAUGGGCACAUGACUAUUUGGAAAGUACUGACCAUGAGAAACUUGCCAGUGAAUAUUUGAGCCAAUUGGACACUCAUACUUGGGCAUCAGAGUUUGAGAAAGAUUUAUUAGAUGACACAAAAUGGGUGGAUGAUUUUACUAAACAAACAGAUGAAACAGAGCUGAAAAAUACAGCCAAAGCACUUCUGGAAUCUAUAGAUGACCCUCAGAUCACAGAGAGUGAGUUCAUGAAGUUUGUGAAGAAAAUAGGUGAUGGUGAAAUCAGUAUUCAAGGCAACAAAGUGAUAGAGAAAACCCCAGAACAGCUGACAGAUGAGUGGGUUCAAGACUUUACUUCCUCCCAGGCAUCUGGUGGAAAAUCUUUAACAGAAAAGUGGGAAGAAGAAUUUGCUGAGUUCUCUUCGGCUGCUCAAAGCCAGUCAGACACUGAGUUCUGGGAUAAGUUACAGAAGCAAUGGGAAACAGUAGAUGAUGGUCACCCAUGGUUGACUGAGUAUGAAUCAUCAAAGGCAUUUAAGGAAUAUGAGUUUGACAAGGAUAACUACCUGUUGGAUCAUGAGAAUGCCUUUGAGGAGGGAAAGAAAAAACUUGAGUCAGGAGACAUCCCAAAUGCUGUGCUUCUGUUCGAGGCAGCAGUGCAAAAGUCCCCUACCCACAUAGAGGCCUGGCAGUACCUGGGGACAACACAAGCUGAAAAUGAACAGGAGAUGGCAGCAAUUGCAGCACUUAGAAAAUGUAUAGACCUAGACCCAGAUAACCUUACAGCCUGGAUGGCCCUGGCUGUCUCCUACACAAAUGAAUCCUUUGGCUCGCACGCCUGUCACGCCCUCAAGUCCUGGCUAGCGCGGAAUCCCCAGUAUUCAAAUUUAAUCAAAGAACCACUGUCCACACAACCCCCGGAGCUGACCUUUAUGUCCAGCUCUGAGCAUGAAGCCAUCAGAGAAUUGUACCUGUCAGCAGCCAGACUCUCAGCUGAAACAACCAUUGAUCCAGAUGUGCAAUGCGGCCUGGGUAUUUUAUUUAACCUGAGUGGGGAAUAUGACAAAGCUGUUGACUGUUUUGGUUUGGCGCUACAAGUGAGACCACAGGAUGCCUUGCUCUGGAACAAGUAUGGGGCAACGUUAGCCAAUGGUAAUAGAAGCGAGGAGGCUGUGGCAGCCUACAGGAGAGCUCUAGAGUUGGCGCCUGGUUUCAUUCGGUCAAGAUACAAUCUGGGCAUUGCCUGUGUUAACUUGCAGGCUUACAGGGAAGCAGUGGAACAUUUUGUGUCCGCCUUAAAUAUGCAGCGUGAAAGCAGAGGGCCACAAGGGCAGACAACUGCCAUGUCAGAGAACAUCUGGGGCACGUUGAGGAUGGCACUGUCACUGCUGGGCAGGACUGACCUGUACGAGGCCUGCGAAAAACAUGACUUGGAUCGAUUAAAAGAUAUUUGACCCUCUUGUCAUCAACAAACUACCUGUAAGAAUGUGAGUGAAUGUGAGAGAGAAAGGUGUGAGUGUGUGAGUGAAAGACACAGUGUGGCUCCUAGAGAGAUUUGUGUGAGAGAAAGGAAAAAUGAACAUUGUGAUAGAAGGGAGAAGGAAUUUGGUAAAAUAAUUCAGACUAGUGAAAAUAAGUUAUUUAGUCUAAAUGAUCUCGAGAGUGAGAGAUUAUAUGGAAUUUUGAGAAUGAUAUUUGAGUGAUUUCUUUUACAUUACCAUGUAUAUGGGAGAGGGAAUUACUUGUCUUAUAAAGACAAAUGUACAAGACAAAGAAUCAUCAUUAUUUUUACUAUGUAAUUGUAUGAAGCUUUGACUUAAAAUGCCUUAACUUUAUGACUACAUUACUAACAUAUUGGAAAUUUUUACCACUUAGCAUUAUAAACAUUAAUGCUUUGACUAGACAAAUAUGCAAAAUUAAGUAAUUCAAAGACGGAAGAGUAAUGCUAGCCACUACUCCACAUUAGCACUGAAUGGAUGUUAUUGUUAAUACAGGUUAUACUGUAGUAGUCUCUGUUCCCAAAGAAUAAAUGCCCAUAUUAGUGCAGUAUAAAAUACCUCACCAAAUAGACUAGUAAACCUUGACCUCUGA